CUAGCACACAACACUGUAGAAGUUGAUAAUCUCAUCUUACUGAAUCAGACGAGGAGAGUCCCUUCUUUGCCAACAUAUUCUCCCCCACCCCACCCCACCCCGUCCGCUCACACACCUCUUCCCCCUCCCUCUCAUGGCACCUGUCUGUGGGUCCUACACUCGUCAUCUCUUCAUCAUCCUGGUGACCUCCGUCAUCUGCUUCCUCUUCCUACACUUCUACAUUCGGUACAACGAUCAAGGGCUGCUGGACAGUGUCAUCCCCAUGCAGGACCAGCAGUUCUCGGUGUCUCACUUCUUCAACGUCAACGACAGGUUGACAUGCGUGGACCCCAGAAGUGAACGAGGCGUUGAAGACACACUCUGUGUGCAACGGCCCCAAUACCUUCCCAGCUAUAAAAAUCCAUGUUGGUUGGACUCGGGGCCCUAUAAUGGUCUUAAACGGCUGCGCUGUCUGCCUUACUUCCACGUGCUGGGUGUGGACAAGAGUGGUUCCACGGACCUCUUCUCUCGUAUAACCCAGCAUCCUCAGGUCCUGGCCAACAGCGGGGGACUGGGCAAAGAGACAUACUACUGGUGUUGGCUGAAAUACGGACAGUGGAUGAAAGGAGUGGUGCGCCCACAGCCUUUCGUACGAUACUUGCGGUAUUUCGACGAAGCUGCUGCCACCAUCUAUCAUGGCUUUCAUACUAAUGGCAGUGAACUAAUCACAGGAGACGGAACUCCGAUGGAUUUCUGGGAUUUUAGAGCAUGGACGUUAAUUCCUCAAAACAAAGGACUUACAGAGCCGGCUAUACUGACUCCACAUCUGAUGCGGCAUUUGUACAGGGAUCCCAAGUUCAUCAUCAUCCUCCGAAACCCAACAGAGAGACUUUAUUCAGAUUAUCUUUUCCUCGGCUACGGCUGGUCACCAGAGAAGUUCCGUGACGACGUUCCACGCGCCAUCGACAUGAUGCAGCGUUGUCUGAAGGUGAACAGCACUCGCCAGUGCGUUUUCAGCAACCAUACCUACGUGGAAAUGCCAAUGCGGCUACACAUCGGGAUGUACUCUGUGUUCAUGAAGGAAUGGCUGGCCGUGUUUCCGCGCUCCAGUUUCCACAUACUGAGAACGGAGGACUUCGCGCAGAACAUGACGCUCCACUUGCGCCUCAUCUACAAGUUCCUCGGCCUGGAGCCACUGACAGACCAGCAGAUAGAGAAGAUUGCAAGCAUGACCAGAAAGCACGAAACAGAGAUCAAGAAAGAGGUGGAGGACAUGUAUCCUGAGACGCGAGCGCAGCUAGACCAGUUUUACGCCGGGUACAAGGAGGAACUGGCCACCAUGUUAGACGACCGUUCAUUUUUAUGGCACCGGCUGCCCUAGCAUAUACUUUACAAGAGAGGUGCUGUAACAAAUCUCUUUGUGAGUGUAUGUACAAAAGGUAGUAUUUGGCGAUCAGGCUUGCCUGGAGAGAGGAGUCAUGGAUGUAAAGAUACAGGAUAAAAAUACAUGUACUGAGCGAGAACCGGCCUGCUGCUCAUAAGGAAGAAUUAUAAAUAUAAGCAAAAAUACGAACAGUUCACAUGGCUCUUGAGAUGAUAAAUGAGCCUUAGCACCAGCACUUGGCCAGUUAUUUAAAUUAUAGAAAUAAGCAGAAAUUCUUAGUCCCUUGCCAGUGCAAUGUGGUAAUACAAUACGGUUGAUACAGAGCACGUGCAUAUAUUAUAGUGACGCGCGUGUCUCUGUGUGUGUGAGAGAGAGAGAAACGACAGAGUGCUGAAUCAAACUAUAAAAUGUGUCUGCCUUUUGCCAUUGGCCUUGUAGUCAGCUGGGUUAUCUUUUCCUCUGGUGUAGAAAUAU